UCUCCUCGCCACUCAACUCAACUCCAUGGCUGCCAUGAAGCUUCUACUCUCACCACCCUCCUCUUCUCUCUCACAACCCACCACCCUCUUCUGCUCACAUUCCAACCCAACCAGACGAAAACCCAUUUCAGCCCCGAACGUUAUCUUCCAAUGGACCCCAAAACGGUUCGUUUUCUCCAAGAGAAUGGUGGUCAAGGCUUGUGUGAAAGUAGAAGAGAAGAACGUUCAAGAAUCUUCCGGAAGUGAAUGGGGUAAAGUCUCUGCUGUGUUGUUUGACAUGGAUGGAGUUCUCUGCAACAGCGAAGAGCCUUCUAGAAGGGCUGCAGUGGAAGUUUUCGCCGAAAUGGGAGUUGAGACCACCGUGGAGGACUUCAUUCCUUUUGGAGGAACUGGUGAGGCGAAUUUUUUAGGAGGUGUUGCUGCUGUUAAGGGGGUUAAUGGGUUCGAUACUGAGGCAGCAAAGAAGAGGUUUUUUGAGAUAUAUUUGGAUAAGUAUGCGAAACCAGAUUCUGGGAUAGGAUUCCCCGGUGCUCUUGAACUUGUUACUCAGUGUAAAAGCAAAGGCCUUAAAGUUGCUGUUGCAUCUAGUGCUGAUCUAAUCAAGGUUAAGGCAAAUCUUGCAGCUGCUAAUUUACCAUUGUCACUGUUUGAUGCUAUUGUGUCAGCAGAUGCUUUUGAGAAUCUGAAACCUUCCCCUGACAUCUUCUUGGCUGCAGCAAAGAUGUUGGAUGUGAUCCCUAGUGAGUGUAUAGUGAUUGAGGAUGCACUAGCUGGUGUACAGGCUGCCAACGCUGCAAAAAUGAGAUGUAUAGCUGUGAAAACGACUUUGUCAGAAGAGGCUCUACAGAGUGCCUGUCCAUCCAUAAUUCGAAAUCAAAUAGGAAACAUUUCACUCGAUGAUAUUCUCAGUGGCGAAUCUGAUGGCUAUAAUGGAAAAAUGCAGGGAUCUCAAUCCAUUAAUUCUUCAUCUCCAACUGCAUCAGAAAAGCUCACGGAAAGAGAUACUGAUUCUUUGGGUGCUGCUAAUGACGGCAAUUCUCCAUUUGGAGGGGUUGUUCGGCGAGAUAUAGUGAAAUAUGGAAGCUUGGGGAUUUCUCUGUCUUGUCUAGCCUUCACCAUAUCAAACUGGAAGGCAAUGCAAUAUGCAUCACCUAAAGCGAUCUGGAAUCUGAUUUUUGGGGUCAACCAGCCAUCUAUUACGCAGAACGAUGGUGAGUCAAAGAUGGAUAGAAUCCAACAAUUUGUGAACUAUAUAUCGGACCUGGAAGCCAGAGGAACUGCUCCCAUUGUACCAGAAUUUCCACCAAAACUUGAUUGGUUGAAUACAGCUCCCAUCAAGUUAAGCAAGGUGAUUUAUUUUGAACCUGAACUUCUAAACUGUAACCAAGGUUUACCCUAUAGCCUUAAUUUUGAUAAAGUUUUUUGGCAGGAGCUCAAAGGAAAAGUGGUCGUGCUGGACUUUUGGACAUAUUGUUGUAUUAACUGUAUGCAUGUACUGCCAGACCUAGAGUUUUUGGAAAGAAAAUACAAAGAUAUGCCGUUCACUGUGGUGGGAGUUCAUUCGGCAAAGUUUGAUAAUGAGAAGGAUUUAGAAGCCAUUCGGAAUGCAGUGUUACGCUAUAACAUCAGUCACCCGGUAGUCAAUGAUGGAGAUAUGUAUCUAUGGAGAGAGCUAGGCGUGAAUUCAUGGCCAACAUUUGCUGUUGUUGGGCCCAAUGGAAGACUUAUUGCUCAACUAUCAGGUGAAGGUCGACGCAAGGAUCUUGAUGAUUUGGUGGAGGCAGCUCUUCUGUACUAUGGCCGAAAGAAGAUAUUGGACAAUACACCGCUUCCUUUGAGUUUGGAGAAAGAUAAUGAUCCCCGUUUGUUUACAUCUCCCUUAAAGUUUCCUGGGAAAUUGGCAGUUGAUGUCGAAAACAAUAGGCUCUUCAUUUCAGACAGUAAUCAUAACCGCAUAGUUGUAACCGACCUAGAUGGAAAUUUUAUCGUCCAAAUUGGAAGUACUGGAGAGGAAGGUCUACGUGAUGGUUCUUUUGAUGAUGCCACCUUUAAUCGGCCUCAGGGCCUGGCUUACAACACAAAGAAGAAUCUUCUCUAUGUAGCAGAUACUGAAAACCAUGCUUUGAGGGAGAUUGACUUUAUUAACGAAACAGUGCGUACUUUAGCUGGAAAUGGAACCAAAGGCACUGAUUACAGAGGGGGAGGAAGAGGAAGCACUCAACUACUCAACUCUCCAUGGGAUGUCUGCUUUCAUCCGGUCAAUGAGAAAGUUUAUAUUGCCAUGGCCGGCCAACAUCAAAUAUGGCAACUUGAUACAGCUGAUGGGGUUACUAGAGCAUUUAGUGGUGAUGGUUAUGAAAGAAAUUUGAAUGGAUCUAGUGCUUCAAGCACAUCGUUUGCACAGCCUUCUGGAAUUUCAUUAUCUCCUGAUAUGACGCAGCUGUAUAUUGCUGAUAGUGAGAGUAGUUCCAUCAGGGCACUUGAUCUAAAAACAGGAGGAUCCAGAUUGCUAGCUGGUGGUGACCCAGUUUUCUCAGACAAUUUGUUUAAGUUUGGGGACCAAGAUGGAAUAGGUUCUGCAGUACUUCUUCAACAUCCACUGGGUGUCUUGUGUACAAAAGGUGGUCAAAUCUAUGUAGCAGAUAGCUAUAAUCACAAGAUAAAGAAACUAGAUCCAGCUAGUAAAAGAGUUAGUACCGUAGCAGGGACAGGGAAAGCUGGUUUCAAGGACGGAAUAGCUCUUGAAGCUCAGCUUUCAGAGCCAUCAGGAAUCAUUGAAGCAAAGAAUGGGAGACUCUUCAUAGCCGAUACAAACAACAGUCUAAUCAGAUAUAUUGAUUUGAGCAACAAAGAACCUGAACUUCUUACUUUGGAGCUAAAAGGGAUUCAGCCUCCCACAGCAAAAUCCAAGUCUUUGAAACGUCUUAGAAGGCGCUCAUCAGCUGACACACUGACUAUUACAGUUGAUGGUGGUUCAUCUAAUGAGGGCAACCUUUUUAUUAAAAUAUCAUUACCUGAAGAGUAUCAUUUUUCAAAGGAAGCUCGCAGUAAGUUUAGUGUUGAAACUGAGCCUGAAACUGCAGUUCUCGUUGAUCCCUUAGAGGGAUAUCUUAGUCCAGAAGGAUUGGGAGUACUUCAUUUUACGAGACCCUCUCCCUCAGCUUCUAUGGGGAGAAUCAGUUGCAAGGUUUACUAUUGCAAAGAAGAUGAGGUCUGUUUAUACCAAUCCUUAUUAUUUGAGGUACCAUUCCAUGAGGAAAUUCCAGAAACAAACCCAGCAGAAAUCACACUUGCCUACCUUGUAAAGCCCAGAACUUCAACAGACAGCUUACCAUUACCAGCGGCACGCUGACACAAUUACACGAACAUUUUGUAUAGAACUUUUACUUCAUGAAAAUAGGAUACCAAGCUACAUAUAGCUGUUAGAUACAAAACAAUUGAGUUGCACACUUGCACUAGGGUGGAGACUGGGGAGAUGAGUAUGGAUCAUUAUGUUUCAUUCAUAAGAUAAACGUGGUCAUUUGAUGUUACUUUAAUAACAGAAAUUUUACCAGAUAUUAUAAUGUAAAGUCCACUAUGCAUUGACUUGUUUACAAGGGAAAAUAGGUGAGUUAAAUCAGGGAGACAGGACAUAUC